CCUUACGUUUCCGUUUCCGCAUUGGAAUGGCGGGUAAAUGACUUGUUGAGGGUUUCGUAGCGAGGUUGAAAUAUUCGCCUGGUCAACUGUGUCAUAUAUUUUCUGAAAAUGCCUAAGUCAAAGGAAUUUGUGUCUUCUUCAGAAGACUCUGGUUCUGAGUCUGAGGAACCUAAGCAGAAGAAGAAGAAGGUUGAGGCUAAGCCGGAGAAGAAGCCAGACAAGGCAGAGAAGAAGCCAGACAAGGCAGAGAAGAAGGUGGACAAGAAGGCUGGUGGUGACGAGGCCAAGACCACCAAGACCAACAGUAACGGGGAACAGAUGUUCCAGAUUGCCCGGAUGAGGUUUGCCACUGUCAGCGAGUUCCGUGGAAAGGCAAUGGUGAGCAUCAGGGAGUACUACGAGGCUGAUGGAGACCUGCGCCCAGGGAAGAAAGGAAUCUCACUUACAAUGGACCAGUGGAACAGUUUGAAGGAUCAGAUUGAGGACAUUGAUGAGGCGGUGAAACAGUUGUAGUGCCUCAGAGCUGAUGCGUGAAUGUGUGUGUGUCUGUGUCUGUGAGUCUCUCCUUCAAGACAAGCCCAAUCAUUACAUCAUUUCAAGUAAUCCCAUCUAUUUCAUGUAAAACACUGUAUGAUGUCACUGUAUGUAGAGAUGUAUUGGAGUUGGUGUCAUGUCAGCGAACCUCGACGGAUAUUAUCAAGACUUUCAACAUGUUCAAUAUCAGUCCGUUGUGAGUCCCAUGCUUGAGUAAUGACUGGCUGUGAUCAUGCAGCUGUAAAGCUUGUUCGACAUUCAUGAUCUGGGGGUGGUAGCCUAGUGGUUAAAGCAUCGUCUUGUCACGCUGAAGACCUGGGUUUGAAUCCCCACAUGUGUAAAGCCCAUUUCUGGUGUACCCCCACAGUGAUAUUGCUGGAAUAAUGCUAAAAGCAGUGUGAAACUAAGCUAACUCACGAUGUUUCAUCUUUAGGAAGCUUUGAUGAAUGGACAAUAACUGGUGAAUGAUUUGUGUUACCAGACCCUGGGGCUUUGGGACUGUCCAAGAUGUGUUUGAGUGAGUCUAGUUUUACGCCGCUUUUAGCAAUAUUCCAGCAAUGUUACGGUGGGGGACACCAGAAGUGGGCUUCACACAUUUUACCCAUGUAAGGAAUUGAACCCGGGUCUUCGGCGUGACGAGUGAACGCUUUAACCACUAGGCUACCCCACCGCCAAAGAUGUGUUUGAAGGCUUGGUUCGAUAUUUGUGCUGAAAUGCUCUUCAAAAUGAGUGGGAGAUUGUUGCUUUGAGAGUUAAGGGAGUGAUAUUACUCAGUAGGUCUGAGUAUACAAAUAGCUGGUUUUAUAUAAUCUGUUGAGUCACAUGCCAUUGUGAUAAAGGACAACUUAAUUUAGGAGCAUAUAACCCUGGCGAUCAAAGUAAUUUGUUUAACAUUUAUGUAACAGACAAUGGUUCAACAGAUAAAAUGCUAAUCUGAUAUUGAAAAAACGCAAAGUCUGUGUAAGAUAUCUUUGAUAUGUCUUGUACAGAGAUAGAUGUUAAUUCAAAACUCUGUACCAUCUACCAUGAUGUAGCUUUGUUGUUGGGAGCCAAUAUUGCUUGUAUCACACUACAGAAAGUAGGAUAUAUUUUUACUGGGUAAUUACGGUAAGGGGCAACUGUCCUUACAGUCAAACAGUGCUUGCAGUUAUCAGAUGUUGUGUUGUGUAUGACCUUUUGUUUUGUCGCUGUCAAUAAAAUUCAGUAAGAUAGCUUACAUGCUUACUUGAAAUU